AUGUAUUACCUAAAAUUAUUCCUGAAAUUAUUCUUGCUUCUCUUUUUAAGCUACGAUUUCCUCAUUUUGAAGAGCGGGACUAGCAAAGCUGUCCAUGGGGACAGAAACUUUUUAGAAGAAAGUUACAAAUUUUUAUUCGACACGGAAAUAUAUUUUGAAGACGACAGUUACCAAGCAGACAACAGUAGCACUGGUGAUGAAAAAUAUGUCAUAUUUUUGCGGAACAUCAAGGCGGCAUUAAUUUACCGACUUAUAUGCCGUUUUGUCCUUUUUAUCUACCUCCUCAUUGCAGCAAUUUUGAUAUUCCCGCAUUAUUUGAAGCCGUACAUACCACCUAUUCUGCUAAACAAUCGGAGGUUUAAUGAAGUGUUUGAAAAUAUGCAACAGAAAAAACUCAUGGUAUUUGGCAUCAUGAUCUUUUCUUAUAACAUCAUAUAUGGGAUCUUGUGCAACACAAAUGUGAUACAUGUGUACCAAAACAGGAAUUUGAUUUACGACGAUUAUUACUCUGAUCAUCUGUUUGUGCAGCGCCUCCGCGAGAAUAUGAUGCAUGUACCUGGGUAA